GACGGAGGGCGCCUGCUUUUGGACGCCAUCCUCAAAAAAGGCGCACUUCUUUUGAAAGGAAGGGAAAAACGGAUCGGAACGGAAGGCCCCGCAUAGAAUGCAGAAGUGAGAGCAGCCAGGAUACUGCAGGAUCAUGAAGAAGCCUGUGCCACCAAAAGCAAUUGACUGGAAAGAUGGUAGACGGAUUACACAUGCACGAAGUGGGCGACCCUCCCGGGUUCCAUCACAGUAUCAAGGACACUUUAGUUGGGAGAAGUAUUUAAAAGAGACAGGUGCUACAGCUGCUCCUGUUCACUGCUUUAAACAGAGCACUUCACCCCCUGUAAAUGAGUUCAAAGCAGGAAUGAAGCUGGAGGCGCAGGACCCCAGGAACACCACGUCCACAUGCAUCGCCACAGUGGUGGGACUGACCGGUUCACGUCUCCGCCUGCGCCUCGACGGAAGUGACAACAAGAACGACUUUUGGCGUCUGGUGGAUUCGUCAGAGAUCCAGCCUAUUGGCAGCUGUGAGAAGAACGGAGGCAUGCUGCAGCCGCCCCUGGGGUUCCGUCUGAACGCGUCGUCCUGGCCCAUGUUCUUACUAAAAACACUCAAUGGUGCUGAGAUGGCACCCGCCCGAAUCUUUCACAAGCAGGAACCACCCUCUCCAGAACAGAAUUACUUCCUGGUUGGGAUGAAACUGGAGGCGGUGGACAGGAAGAACCCGCACUUCAUCUGUCCUGCCACAGUUGGGGCGCUGCGGGGAGGGGAGUUGCUGGUCACCUUCGAUGGCUGGAGGGGAGCCUUCGAUUAUUACUGCCGCUACGACUCAAGAGACAUCUUCCCUAUCGGCUGGUGUGCUCUCACUGGGGACAACCUGCAGCCGCCCGGCACUAAAGUGGGUUUGCUGAGGCCAGUGGCUGCUCCAGGUGCCCUGCCUGACACCAGUGUAAAGGGCGCAAUCAUGCCCAUGUCCCCAGUACCUGUCCGGCUGCCUGUCCAGAAGUUCCGUCGGCCUGGUCGAAGAAAAAGCAAGUCACCCAGUCCUUGGAGUCAAAAAGAAACCACAAGAACACUGGCAGUUCAGAAAGAUCAUCCUGAAAAAGGACUGGAAUCUGUGAGGAUUCAGAAGAAAAGAGGCCCCAAGCCUGGUAGCAGGCUAAGCUGGGCUAAGCAGGCUACGUGGUUGGAAGGAACAAUGGCAGAUACUGAAAAACCCAGAGGUCGAAUGUCAGCCAACUGGGCUCAGACAGUAAAUCAGCAGAGCCAGGUAGAGCCCAUCAAGAUCCCGAAGAAGAGAGGCCCCAAACCUGGCAGCAAGAGGAAACCUCGUGUGUUGUCCGAGCCAGUGCCUACUUCACCUACCAGCAGCACUCCAGAACCAGACACCAGCACUGUGCCACUGGAUAACGCCACCAUCCCCAGCACUGCCAUGCAGGCUCCAACCGUGUGUGUGUAUCUGAAUAAACAGGCGAAGGUGGGUCCUCACCUGGAUGUGCGGCGGGUACAGGCUCUGCCCGAUCACUUUGGGCCUGGCCGGGCUUCCUCGGUGCUGCAACAAUGUGUUCAGGCCUGUGUGGACUGUGCACACAAUCAGAGGUUCAUCUUUUCCUGCCUCAAACCAGGCCAUGGAGGAGAGCUUGUCUCAGCCCACUUUGAACAGAAGCAGCACACUCUAACACUGCCGGUGGUGAACAGCGUGACUUAUGUGCUACGUUUCCUAGAGAAGCUCUGUCAUAACAUGAGCAGUGAACCACUGUUUGGCAGCCAGCCUGUGCCUCAGGGAGGAGUGCGCUACGACAGACACUUCUACUCAGAGAGGAGGAGUUUUUCAGAGCGUCUGAGUUCAGGACCAGGCCAAGGUACUAAGAGAGUUGUCUCUGACUCCUGCAGCAGCAGCACACUGUGUCUUAAAAUGCCUAAAACCCAUCGCCUCUCAUCUGAAGCAGAGGUUUUUACUGUGGAGAACGGAGGUUCAGAGCACUCAGAGAAAACCUGUCUGUCCCCGACAAAGACUUGGACUCCUGGACAAAUGCGCCGUCUUGGUUCUUCAGGUUCAGAUCAUUACCUGAACUCCAGAGACAGCCCUGGGACUAGUAAACAGGAUCCUAAUCUGUGGACGGUAGAGGACGUCAUGUGCUUCAUCAGAGAGCUGGAUCCUCUGUUGGGGCCACAUGCAGACCUCUUUCGCAAACAUGAGAUUGAUGGGAAGGCUCUACUGUUACUGCGCAGUGACAUGAUGAUGAAGUACAUGGGCCUGAAGCUCGGUCCUGCCCUCAAGCUCACCUUCCACAUUGAUAAGCUCAAACAAGGUCGCUGAUUAGAAAACGCUGACUUCUCUACCCCACCAAGCACAUGGCAUGACGGGAAGCGUGUGCCCACUGAAGCAUUACCGGAGCAGUACUGUAGCAGAGCUUUCAGUCUGGCCAUUUCUGAAUGUGUGACACUGUGUCCUAUAACUUGAUGGUUGUUGUUUGUUUUAGUGUUUGUUAUAUAUAGCAUAUUCGCUUCCUGUCUCAGAUAGGAUCAGCUGCCUAACCCUACAUUCACACCGACUGAAUCAGAGAUUGCUGGUCACUAAAGGGCUUUUUUUCUUAAGUUUACUCAAAACAAUCAACACAAAUAAUUAAGUAAGACCCCUAUAGUGUAUCAUAUUAUGUUUUAAGAUGAAUGGGCCAGCCACUCACACGCAAAACACACACGCUGCAACCAGAGCUGGAUUCUGAGUACAUCGUAUCGAAUCUCAGCUCUGUCUUGCCGGCUCCAGGCUGAGUGGCUGUAUGAGCAACGAU